AUGGAAGCAAACGUGCCGCAAGAAGAAGGAGCAUUGCCUCGCCAAGGCCUCGGCGUCGAUCACGAGUCCCUGCAGCAGCCGCAGAGCGAUCAGAGGAGGAAGGGUGGAUGGAUCACCUUCCCUUUCCUCGGAGCGGCGAUGAUGGGUCUGGGUGUGGCGACGAGCGGCGUGUUGAGCAACCUAGUGGUCUACCUGAUCAAGGAGUACCACGUGCCGAGCGUGGACGCAGCUCAGAUCUCCAACAUCGUCGCCGGCUGCCUCAGCUUGGCCCCUGUGGCAGGAGCCGUCGUCGCCGAUGCCUUCUUCGGCUGCUACCCUAUCGUCGCCAUCUCCAUGGCCUUCUCCGUCCUGUCCUCGGUUGUCUUCACCCUCACGGCAAGCUUGCGCGGCCUCCGCCCAGCGCCGUGCCAUCUCAGCGCUGGCCCCUGCGAGCCGGCAUCGGCCGGGCAGAUGGCUGCGCUGUACGCCGGCGUGUUCCUGAUGUGCGUGAGCGCCGCAGGCUCGCGGUUCAACCAGGCGACCAUGGGCGCCGACCAGUUCGACUCCGCCGCCGACCGGGACGUGCUCUUCAACUGGUUCUUCGUCUUCUUGUACGCCUCCUCCGUGCUCGCGUCGACGGUCAUCGUCUACGUCCAGGACACGGUGUCGUGGACGCUGGGAUUCGGCAUCUCCGCUGCCGCCAGCGUCGUCGGCCUCGUGGCGUUGCUCCUCGGCACGCGGUACUACCGCCGGUCGGCCGUGCGGGGCAGCCCGUUCACGGGUCUCGCUCGGGUGGCCGUCGCCGCCGCCAGGAAGUGGAAGGUCAACGUGCCGACGUCUGGGGAGCUGAAGUUUUACCACGGCCAACGACGGCGAGGUGACGGUGACGACAAAGCUGGUAAUAGUGACACUGACCUUGCCCCAAGCGACAGCUUUAGGUAA